CAUUUUCCGUGACCUUAUACGUGCGCAGGAAGUGUAUUGAGUAGUUUGUAUUUGCUGCUUACUUACCUUAGUGAAAACGAUGAUUAUUUGACAUAUUUCUUUGUAUAAUUACAUAAGGCUUUGUUCUGUGAGAUACAUAUUCUAAUAUAUAAGUAAGCAGAUUCUGCUAUUUUAUUAAUUAGUCAUCGUAUUAUGUUUCUCAACUAAAUAGUUUGCGUAAUUUUUUUUUAAUGACUAUUUAAACAGAAGUGUAGACUUGUCUGAAUAGGAACAUUAAAAAAAUGGGUGAUGCAAAUACAGUUGAAAAUCAUGAAAAAGGUAAAAAGGAAUUAGCAUCUAAGGUAAAACAAGAACCAAUGGAUGUUGAUCCACCUGAUAUAACUUCUAACCAUGAAACAUCUGGAAACUUGAAACAAUCCAAUCAUUGUGAUGAAAAAGAUUUUGCAUUAUCAGAAAAUCUAACUGAUCAGAAAGAAAAAUCCUCAUCAGUUCAGUUUGCUUUACGACAAAUGAAAAAAGAUGAUAGUGGUAUUAGUAUUAGCAAAUCACAAGAUGAAGAUGAGGUUGACAUUGAUAAAGCAGAAUCAUCUAAAGAUAAGGAGAGAUCUAGUAAGAAUUUAAAUAUUGAAAAGAGGAAUUCACAUGAACUUGAAGAUAAACAACCAGAAGACAUGAAUGGCCAAAGUAGCCCUGAUUCUGGCAAUCAAGAUGCUUCCUUUUCACUAGCUGAAUUUCCGGAUGGUAUAUGUGAGUUCUCUGAAAAAUCUUCAGACUUAAGUAGUAAUUUAGAAACAGCAGAUAAAAAGGACAAACAAACAACUAAAGAGGAAGCAGCAAAAACAAAGGGAGAAAAUGCUAGCGUUUUUAAAGGAAAAGAAGAACAAACCAAAGUUCAAAGUGUUUGUGAUGAUGAAAAUUCUGAUGAUGAUCAGUUAUCAAUCAAAAGUGAAGAUGUAUCAAAAAUGAGUGACUCCGAUGAUGAAAAAAACUAUGAUCCCACACCAAAUGUACCUAAGCCUAAAUAUAAGUGGUUUUUGUGUAACGAGAUAACAAAUCGACAAUAUGGGACUCCAAAUGGAUACUCAAGUGAUCUCUUUAGAUUUCAUUGUAGUGGCAGUUUGCACAUGAUUGAACGUUUAGAGCUGAUGUAUAAAAUGAAGAAUCAUGAUGGAUGUGUUAAUACCUUGCAUUUUAAUAGUACUGGAACUCGACUGGUUAGUGGAUCUGAUGACUUGAACAUUGUUAUUUGGGAUUGGACAGUUUCAAAACCUGUACUGGAGUAUCAAAGUGGCCACAGAAGCAAUGUUUUUCAGGCCAAGUUCAUGCCCUUUAGUGGAGACAGCUAUCUUGUCAGCUGUGCUCGAGAUGGUCAGGUUCGUCUUGCUGAACUUUCUUCCACAGGUGUUUGUAAAGGAACAAGAAAACUGGGACAACAUAGAGGAGCAGCUCAUAAGCUUGCAUUAGAAAUGGAUAUGCCUCAUACCUUCUUAAGUUGUGGAGAAGACAGUGUUGUUUUUCAAAUUGACUUGAGAGAAGAAAAACCAGAGAAGCUGAUCACGUGUAAGGAAAAUGACAGGAAGGUUGCAUUGUAUACAAUUUUUUCUAACCCCAUCAACAGCUAUGAAUUUGCAAUUGGAGGAAGAGAUCAUUUUGUACGUAUAUAUGACAAGAGGAAUAUCCGUGAAGAGAAGCCAAUGAAAAAGUUCUGUCCACAUCAUUUAGUUGAUAGUGAUAUUCGUGCUAAUGUAACGUGCUUGGUGUACAACUAUGAUGGAUCAGAAAUUCUGGCCACUUACAAUGAUGAAGAUAUUUACAUAUUUGAUGCAAGGCAUUCUGAUGGAGCAGAAUAUGUUCACAGGUAUCGAGGACACAGAAACAAUCAAACAGUUAAAGGAGUAAACUAUUUUGGUCCAAAGAGUGAGUUUAUAGUGAGUGGAAGUGACUGUGGAUACAUUUACCUGUGGGAAAAAGAAUCCGAACAUAUCGUGCAGUAUUUAUAUGGAGAUGAAGGUGGGGUGGUCAACUGUCUUGAACCACAUCCACACUGUCCAGCACUAGCUACUAGCGGUUUGGAUUUUGAUGUAAAGGUUUGGGUGCCUUCAUGUGAACAUCCACCAGAUUUGUCUGAAUUGAAAUCUAAAAUAUGCUUGAAUAUGAAGGAAAGAGAAGAUGACAGAAAACGUGAUGGACCAGAUAACUAUGAUAGUCAAAUGCUGUGGUUCCUCAUGCAACAUCUUCGUCGCACUGCUCGUAGAAGGGAGCGAAUGGAGGGGCAGGAAGCUGAGGAGUCGAGUCCCCAUAGCAGUGAUGCAGAAAGUGAUGAUGAAGAUACAGAUGCUCCACAAGCCAUUCAGUGUUCACAGUCUUGAAAUAUUAAAGGUUUAGUGUUACAUGUGUUAAUAAUAGUCUCUUUAUGUGCUUAAUUUGUAUGUAGUAAGAGAUAGGUACUUCUCUAGACAGGCCAAUCAGUGAACUCUUAGUUCUUGGGAGAGUAAAAUCUUGAAAAAUCUUUCCCUUUGUAAUGCUCAAGGCUAUUGAAUGUUUGAAAAAUGUAUUAUUUUUUUUGUACUUUCUUUGAAAAGGUAGAGUAUUGCCAGAUAAUUAUGUGCAAAUGGCAGGCAUAAGUUACCAUUUUGAAAGUGUAUGUUUCAUUGAUGUUGCUAGAAUUAAAAUAUAUGUAAAAGUUGGCCUGGUGAGAAAUACAUGAUAUUCUUUGAUACAAGUAAACUUAAAACAAUAAAGUUCAUGUAAUUAAAAAUCUUUCUGUAUAUAAUGUAGGGUAAGAUUAAGAAAAAUCUAUUUGAUUGUGAAGUAAAAAACUACAUUUUACUAAUCCUCAAGUAUUUUUGUCAAAUUUCAAUGUUUAUCUUAAGAAAAAUAAUGUUUUUCUCCUAAUAAAAUACAGAAGUAUUUUUUGUUCCUAUAUGUAAAAUCACAUUUUUUCUAUAGGGUUUGAUAAGUUGGUAUAUAUAAAAUAAAAAGCAUCAAUUCCUGUGAUAAUUGUAGUUACUCUUUAAAAGUUUAUAGCAAAAUUAAAUUGUUUUGAUCACUAACAUGUACUUAGUAAAACUUGUAUAUCAUAUGACAUACAGUGAACUUAUAAUCUGAGAUGCCAAAGUUUGUAUGAAUGAUACCCACAUAAGAUUUAUUUUAUUUGAAAUAAUUGGCAAUAGUUUUUGUAAAAUAAUGUGUAGAAUAAAAUUUGUGCUCAUGUA